UGCAAAACACUGAAAUUGUGGAAAGAGGACAGUCAGCUUAGUAACUAUGGAUUCCAAGGGUGUCUGAAUUGCCUUUCAAUUUCUUAAAAAUGGGGGAAGGAACAGCAUUGUGUGUGCCGAUUUCAUGAUCUGAGUCCUACUUCCUGCUUGGAAACAGGUUGCAUGGAACUUAUAUAGCACUGACUCACAGUUUCUCAAGUCUGCGCCCUCCUCAGCAUAUGGCAUGCUUAGCAAAAGGGCUUGAAUGAAUUCUUUUGGCUCGAGAAUUGGCCUUUUUCAGUCUGAUUGCAGGUGCAAAGAGCGCUUUUCUCUUGGGAGUUGACACUUGAGUCCCCUCCAUUUUUACUAGAUUUAUAUUCUCAAUGUAUUUACGUGUUAAGCCGACUUUCCCUUUAUAAAAGUUCAGAAUCUUGUUGCUGUUUAACUGCUUGUUACCAAAAGAAAGAGAAUGUUGGUUUUUUUCUGUCCACUGGGAAAACAUACAUUUUUUCUCCCUAAAAUCUUUAUAUCAGAUUUCUUGUUUCUUUCCUUACAUUACUAAAGUAUGAUUUUCCUGAUCUGCAUUUUGCUAUUGUUCAUCCUUUAUCCAGUUUGGGACUGAGAACGCCAUAAGAAGUUUCAUCUGUAGGAUGAUAUUCUUGUACAUAUUUCAUUUGUGUUUCACUUUGUAUAAUCAAUGGGAUAAUAAAAUAAUUGUCCGUGUGCACGAAGAUCACCACGUCACCAAUGACUGGGAAGAAGCAUCUUCUUUCUUUGAAAUACCGUUUGUGAUUCUAGACCAGAAAACACUGCCUAACCAUUUAGUUAGAGCAGGGAAAGGAAGGGCAGGAGAAUAUCCUGCUCAUUUGGAAGGAAGUGAGAUAGCAAAUUUCCCUCCUCCUUCUCAUUGUUUUGAAUUCUUUCUCUCUUAAUUAUUGCCAGCAAAGGUAGUUACUAUGACUGACCGGUUAUUUUGAAUCACAGCUCUCAUCGGUCCUCACUAUUGGGCAUGUUUACUAAGGCUGGUGGGUAUCUGGAGGACCACAACUGAGCAUAUAGUAUUUUAAGAACAGCAGAAGAAAGAAGUAAAGCAGAGGUAUGAUUGGUGCAGUUCCUCUGACUUCAAGAUUUUCUGCCAGAAUGAGACCAGCCCAGAUCCUCCCUUCUCUGAUGCCCCACGGAAGCAGAGAGUAGAGAGAUGAAGAAAAAACAUCAGAGAAAGGAAAGAAGAGACAGGAAGACAAGCUGCUGAAAGGACUCAGUACCAAUUAAGUUGUCAACUAAGGUAUCUCCUGGACAGAUUCAGUCAGUCACACAGCAUGAAUCCUCAAAUACUUUGCAGAUGACAUAAAGGUCUCACUGAACAAAGUCAGAUUACAAGUCAUGGCUCUGUAGCACUACUUCUUUCUGAAGAUGAAAUGUGCCCUUUAGGUGAGGUGUAACUCAUUUUGAAUUCCUUCUACGGUUACAGUGUGGAAGGCAUAUAUUUCCUAAAUUUCUCCCCUACUAACCCCUUUCCUCAUUUUUUAAACGUUUCAUUAAAAAACAAGUUUUUAUGCCUCAGUUAACAAAGCAGAUAUAUCCUUGGGCAUUUUUAAAUAGUUAGAUUGGUCUGUUCCUGUACACCAAAACCAAAGAGGAAAAAAGGAAGAAUAACAAUAAUAUCCAGCAAACUUUUUUUACUCAGAGCUAACAAUAUGGGUAUAUAGAAACCAAAUCAGGCUAGCCUUGCAUGAGAGAUUGAAACAUUUUGAACUUUCUAGAGCCCAUUUGAAGGCUUCUUCCAAAUAUGAUUUUCACUCACUUUCUUCCACUUUUCUCAUUAUUUCCAUUUUGGUGGUUAAACCUAUAGAUCUUUUUAAUGUAUCAGGGCUAGCUGGUGAGGCAGGCCCUUUUUGCUUUGCUGAUUUCACAUAAACAGUAAGGGAUUCUGGAAACAGCUGCCAUUUAUCUGGCUGUUGGAGGCAGGAAAAUGUAACUCCAAUAGGAUUGGCUGCAGUAGAAUCCCACACUUCCCCACAUCAAAUUUUAUUGCAAUGCUUACUCUUCGGACAUUGCAAUCAGAUUCUCUGGUCCUCCUUCAUCAUCCUCCCAGUGCUGAUGUUGCUAAAAACCUAAAGCGGGAAAUGUACUCAGGCAAAAGGAGCUGGUGGGCUGCAAAAAGAACGUUCUGGUUGAGAGGCUGUGUUAACUGAGGUAUAUGCUUGUACAACAGAACCACAUGCUAGGUGGGUAGAGAACUAACAGUUCAUUCCGUGUCUUUAUUCCAAGGCCAAGGGGACCAUGUGUAGAAGGGGAAUGGAGGGAGGGCCUUCCUAGCAACGUAAUUGGGAAUGGCAGAAGGAGAGGAAGACGGUGAUGCCCUGUCCCCACCUGUCCGCCUUUGGGUGCGACGGACGGGUGUCUAUUGUGAUGAGAACCAGAAGACAUGGCUAGUGACACCCGAAGAGGCAACAGGCACCCUCCAAGCUCGGAUAAGAAGGGUCCAGGUCCCUCUGGGCGAGGCGAUGCGCCCCAGCCGCCUCCCUGCAUCCCAGCUGCCCCACAUGUGGCAGCUCUCAGAGGGACAGCAGUAUCGGGAUAGUAACUCCCGCAACUGGGGCAUCGAACACCAUUUAAUGAUCACUGGAGUGGAGGAGCUACUCCUGAAACUCCUGUCAAGUGAUUAAAUUUAGAGCUGUGCCUCUAGGAUGCUGUCCCUGUUUGUUUUUUAUGUGGUCACUCCCAACACUGCAAUGCCGCUGCCUCUGUGGCAGAGUGUGCCCAGCAGCUCUCUUAACAGCCCACAACAGUGCCACCUGAGACCUUAGGAC